CGGGGGGCGGUGCCGGAAGCACGUGCGGCGGCGGCCGGAGGAUGGAGGCCGGUGCGGCGCGGCGGGCGGGCGGCGGCGGGGUGCUCAGGAUGGGCCGCCGAGCCCGCCCGGACUUCCUUCCGGAUGAAAAUCUCAGCAGGAAGAAUUCCUCGUCUGCUUCUCUGGGAGAGGAUGAAGACCCUGAGGAAAAUGUUGACCAUGGUCCACCACCUAAACCUCCACGCCGGCAAGGAGGCUGGGCAGAUGAUCCUGUACCAGCACCUACCAAGUCAGGAAGAAAGCAUGCAGAAGAAUUAGAAGACCAUCGUCUCAGACAGCACAGCGUGGAGGCAUCAGAUGAUGGAGGAGACAUUCCCGUGAUCCCUGACUUGGAGGAAGUCCAGGAAGAAGACCUCGCCAUGCAAGUGGCAGCUCCCCCCAGUGUACAGGUGAACAGAGUGCUGACCUACCAUGAUCUGGACAAAGAUCUCAUGAAUUAUGCUGCCUUUCAGACUCUGGAUGGAGAGGUUGACCUGAAACUUCUCACCAAAGUUUUGGCUCCAGAGCUUGAACUACAAGAGGAUGAUGUCAGCUGGCAUUGGGACCGUCUUUUCACAGAGGUGUCCUCAGAACUGGUGACUGAAUGGGACCUGGGACAGUCUGAGAGAGAGGACCACCUCAGUCUGCCGUAGAGCACUGACACACAAGACAUCUCAUACAUGCAUCCCCUGUAAACAGUUUAGCACUUCAAUUUUCUAUUCACUUGUUUGUAUUUGAGAAUUUAUUUCCGAUGUGAAAAUAAGUAGGACCUUGUUUCAUGGGAAGACUGGCUCGGGAGAAGUUUUGGGUAUUUUGUAAUAAAAAUAUUUGUUCUCAAAAGAGAUUAAGAAUUCUAAAUGUAAUAAAAUAUUUACUUAUGAAUAGUCACUUCCACCUCACUAGCACUGUUAUAGAUAACUGCAACAGUCAAUCUUACCUCUACCGAAAUGCAGCUUCUCUGGGGUGGACAAUCUUACCAAUUGUGGUCUUCAAUGAUGGGUAUCAGAGAAGCUUAGGCUGAUAGGAUUUGUUUGCCUGGGACAUCAACAUUGCCAUCUUCCUCACAACAGAUGCCACAGAUUCUCAGGGUACCUGUUUUAGGUUUCAUCCAGCAGCCUCCAGCCAUCCUCUGCUAGUUUAGCUUCUCUCCUGGUACAUUACCUCUGUAUUGACUCAGAGGAAGCAGCGUCACCUAUUGAACUGCCAGUACUCCGCUUCUUAAGGCACCUCUUUUUUCCCUUGAGGUGUCCCAGCAAAGUUCUGACCAGGCCUAACCCCACUUAGCUUUUGCAAUCAGGUGAGAUCACAUCCCGAAUGGAGAUAGCUUCAGGCAAUAGGUAGUUUGCAAAGAAAAUACUGUUUAUUCCACCUCUGUGAAAGAAUGGAGCCUGCUGCUCUGAAACAAGGUGACUCCCUAGUGGGUGUCUCCUUGGAACCAAGUAACCCACUCUCAUUGUCAUCUAAAGAAAAAUCCAUUUAGCUGUUAAUGCUUUGUCCCCAUAGAACUGUGGUCAUUAUUUGCAGGAAACAGUAACAUUACUUCCAAGCCAAUGUCCUUCAAAGCCUUGUCCUGCUGGAGAAUCUUGCUAUAUAGUUCUGGGGAGCAGUGCAGGCGCUGGGAGGAAGACUUGCUGUGCUUUUUUCCUUAGCUUCUUUGGUCAGUCUAAUAUAGCACUGCAUUCCCACUCUUGUACUGAUGGGAGGACAGGUCAAAUGUCAAAUAACUUGCUAUGAAUUCAGUACUCUGCAGAAUUUCAUAUCAGAAUUGAUACGCCAAACAAUUCUACCGACAAGAGAGAAGCAAUUGAAUUCCAGUCUGGGGCCACAAAAAAAAGGGAGAGGCUCAUCUGUCUCAAGGAGCCUCUGGCUUGGAACCCUGGGCAGGGAUGCUCUGGGAUGGGAGGUAAGUGUGUGUGGUCCAGGUCUGUGCCCACUUUGGGACCUUGGGAGCUCAGCAAAUACUCGGGUGGAGUUGGAGUUGGAAAAUAUCACAGCCUUCUCUGUUUCGAGCCAGAAAGAGGAAACUUUGAUAAUUUGGUCUGACCUGCUAUGAUACAGCCAUAGCAGAGUCCAGCGAGAUGUGGCUGAGCUUUCCCUGUCUUUUAGAAAGGCAGACAGUAUAUUUGAAAGUCUUCCCUGGUUAGGUUUUCUAAUAGGUGGUUCAAAAUUUGCUUUAUUUCUAGGCUCAGUUUUUGAGUUUCAUCUUCUGUUCCCUGAGCCUGCUUAUGCUUUCGUCUUCCCAGUUAAGCCAUGCUGUCAGAUAUUUUCUCCUUGCUUCAGUAUUUAUGUGCACUGUGAUCAAGUUGCCUCUUUAAUUUCCUUCAAUAAACUUAAUAGGCUGAGACUUGUUUCCAUGUCUU